GCGAGGAAGGUGCAAACCCUAACUUGAAUAUCUUGACCGAAAGAGCAAGAGCUCACCUCGUGCAUGGCUCUUGCGGAACGAGCACCCCCAGACCCAACAGAUAAUCCCCAGGCCUGAUCCCAAGAUAUCGCGAUCAACAAAAUCUAAAGUUUCCCAGCGGCAAAACGAUCUUCAACGCGCAGGGCCAGUUCUGCUACAUCUACGAGAAGACCCAGAACCACACCCCAAGCCAGAAUCCGUACCCCAGAAGACCCCCAGUCUUUUCAACUGAUUGUGUACAGCAGCAAUGGCCUGUUGCACGUUUCCAGGACCACGAUGGUUUCUGCGGGCCCUGGAUUACCAUCACCGCCCUGCUCUCCCGACAAGACAUGGUGUUUGGAGGCUCGAGAAGUGGUUGUUCGUGCCUGGGAGACAGCAUGGUCAACUGCGGAUGAUGAUUGGUAGCCUUGGGAGUCUCGACAUGGGGAGAUAAAACGUCUAUUCAGCCUGCCACCGCAAAGGGGUGGUGCCCGCCGCAGCGCCCGGACCUCCGCGCCGGUCCGACGGCACCCUUGGGCAGAAUUUCGGAUGAGAUAUCGAUCUUCGCAUGGAUUGCGGAUGUAUGCAGAUCCCGUCUUACGCCCUGUGGUACCCGUGUCAGGGGUCGAGUGGGGUUAUGAUGUAGGAUUCGGAGUAACUACAUGAUGGCUCUCCCCCUCUAUCUUGCUUUGCUGAAGAAUGUCUCCUUCUCGUGCAAGACACAGAGAAACCGACAUCCACGAUCUGGAAGCACCUUCCAUAGACCCUAUUCAGACUGUGCACAAUGCCGCCAUUACAGUUCGGCAAAAGCUUCCUGUCAUCCGCUGUCUUUCUAGGCGUCGCUAUCAGCACUCCAGACUUGUUUCAUGCCGAAAGGCAAAGUUUUGCGGCCCAGGCACAAAGGAUCGAUCAAAGGGCCUUUAAUGUUCUCCCGACUGUUCCUCCUCCGUCAGAAUAUGGAGGUUUCAUUGCUUGGAUUCCAUUCGCACCACCAAAUGCGACAAUAGAGUCUCUAGUUGCCCGGCCCUUUCACAUCUACAGCAAGGAGUUCGAGGAUAUUAUUGGGCCCAACCCAACCUUGACGCUGCUGAACCACACCGAUGGCGACCCCUUGUUUCACGAGGCUCCAGUGUGGAAUCCAUCCACAGAUGAAAUGUUCUUUUGUCAGAAUGCAGGUGCGCCAGCUGCCGGAACAGGGAUGCAAAAAUCAGCCAUCAUUCAGAAGAUCAAAUUGUCUGCCAUCACACGGGCUAUCACCAGCCAGAGAAAUGCCAGCGGAUCUGUUCAGAUUGAGGAUGUGACUGCGGCUGACGGGGCCAAGGUUAUGAACCCCAACGGGGGCACAAACUACAAGAACAAGUUGCUCUUUGUCGGACAAGGAAAGGGGGAGAACAUUCCACCUGCCAUUUACCUUAUGAAUCCAGAGCCUCCUUAUGAUACAAAAGGUCGGUUAGGUAGUCUCCGCGCGUCGAGUGUUUAUCACGUGCUAACGUCUGGAGGAUACCUAGUCAUGCUGAACAACUACUUUGGUCGGCAAUUCAACUCCAUCAACGACGCCUCAGUCAACCCCCGAAAUGGUGACAUCUAUUUCACCGACCCUACCUACGGAUUCGUUCAAGAUUUUCGGCCUGCACCCGGCUUUCCAAAGCAGGUGUGGCGUUUCAAUGAGGCUACUGGAGCUGUCACUGUGGUGGCGGAUGGAUUCAGCAUGCCAAACGGCAUUCAAUUCUCACCAUCGGGGUCACAUCUUUAUGUGACCGACAGCGGGGUAGCGCAGGCUUUCAGAGGGAUGGAGUAUAAUAAUCCUUCCACGAUUUACCGAUUUGAUGUCUCCAGGGAUGGGACCUUGUCCAACAGACAAACCUUUGCGUUUAUCACACCUGGUAUACCAGAUGGGAUCAAUGUGGAUACAAAUGGCAAUGUCUACGUGGGCUGUGCAGAUGGCGUGCAAGUUUAUAGUCCAUCAGGGAAGUUGAUUGGAAAGAUAUUCCUGGGCAAGGGAGUGGCCAACUUUCAGUUCGCGGGAAAGGGAAGGAUGGUGCUGUUGGCGGAGACGGAGUUGUACUUUGUGGGCGGGUUGAAAGCUGAGGGUGCUUUUCCGGGAAGGUUGUAUUAGUCGGUGUCCGAUGUGGACGAGACGUGCUGCGGGAGAGCACAGCGGUGGUGAGGCUGGGGUGUUGCCUGAUGAG